ACACUAAAAGAUGUUUUUCUAAAAAAUCAAACAAACACCAAAUAUAAAAAAUACUUUUUACUCACUAAACAAACAUAAUUUCCAUAACAUUUUUCAUUAAAAAUAUUUUCCAAUCAUACCAAACAACACCCCAAAUCAAAAUCUGCAAACCCUGUUAAUGGAUUAGAUCUUUGUUGAACCCAAACAAAGUAGCAAACGAGCCGGAAGUGUUUCCAAUACUAUAAACAGGCGAACUAGCUAGGGCAUUGUAUUGGAGAAGAAGAAAUGAAGGUAGGCCCAAAAGUAGUACUACUCUUCAAAGAUCCAAUCGGCUUCGGCACCGCCAUCUUCAAAGCUCUUCAACCAAACCCUAAUUCCAACCUUCAAAGCCGACAAGAAUCGCUGGAUUUAUCCCUACAAUCUUACGGGAUCAAACAUCAAACUGUUUCGCUACAAGUAGUUCAUUUUCUCAAUGGCCCAAAUCUCGAGGUGUCUGUGCUGCUUCUGGAAAACUCCGAGCCUCCAACACUUGCUUGUGCUCUCAAUGAAGUUCUGGCACUGUUAGUAGGAAAUGGGCUAUCAAAUAUGCCCACAAUUGUAGCCCCUUUUGUUGUGGCUGCAACUAAGCUUAAGACGGAAAAUAGAACUUCUGUUGCAGUUGACAAUAUAUCAGUUUAUGGUUUGCAAGUAGGUGCGUCUAGUGGCCUUACUAAAGCUUUGUGCACGAAGUUGCAAAGUCCAUCCCUGUCGUUGCAGAUUUUCAACGAACAGUUGGCCUGCUUACUUCAAUUGGUUCGAGUUCUGAAGAUGCCUACUUUCGUUAUAAUUGGUAAAAAGGGUCAAACUGUGCAUCAUAACACUUCAGAAGAGGAGCUUGAGGUGAUACAUGAGAUAGGACGGCAUUUAGCUAGCUUCUCAUCUCUUAGUUUCUCUGGAGAAAAGAUAGCAUGGGAUACAAUGAAGUCUUCAAGAGAAACUCAAGAGCCUUGGCGUGCAUUAUAUGGUUGAAUAUUUUUGCUGGCUAGAACCAGUGGCUAAGCGUUAACAAUGAUUCAUGUAACAUGGACUGUAUUGGUUUCAGUAUGUCUCCUUGCUGGUAUGUGGUUGGGCACAAUCGUGUCUGGUGUAUGGACCGGAGAGACCAAAUAUUCCUAGUCAGAUGAACUUGAUUGUAUUCACUUUUUUUAAAUUUGUUUGCCCUCA